GUUCUCUUUUUCCCCACUUACGAGAUGGAAUCCGAGCUUGAACGAAUCUACACGACAAAACCGACCAGGACGUCGAAUGUUCUGGCAACCGCCGUCGACAUGGUUCGCUGCGAUACAGCCGCCAGAUUCAACUACUCAAAUUUCCUCGAUGGAGACCCCAUGUUCCCGGUACCCGAUCAAACGCUUCUCACCGAGUGUCGAUACAUUCAUCAGGAGAACCUGCUGUGUACGUGCUACAGCCAAGACAGAGAGGAAAUCGGCUGGCUAUCCGAAACCGGUCGCACCAACUACGACAAAGUCAGGGCCUGCGUUCGGUCACUCUACAACGUCAGCGACCAGGCAUUCAAAGUCCAUAUUAAUACUACCCGCACGCUCCCCAACAACAUGGCAGAUCUUCUCGCCCUGAUGCCGGCCUUCAGGUUCUUUCGCCUCAAAGCUGCCGAGGAUGCCCACCCGAAGCCCAGGUUCAAGCUUCCUUCUUUUCCGGAACUCAGCCAGGACAGGAUAUUCUUCUAUUCCUUCGGAGAGUCGUUCUGCGAAAUCUUGCCGGCGGAUGCCCUUCGGAGAACGGCAUACUUCUCCUCGGUGCCCCCCAACAAAAUCAGGUUGAACACGAUGCUUCGCAACGAGGACCUCUUCGGCAAAGUGUUCGACUGCAAGCCCGGAAGUCCGAUGCGUCCGACGAAAAAGCAGCGCUGCAAGAUCUGGCCACUGUGGACCGGAGAGUUGAUCGAGCCCGUCGACGUUUAUUCGGCCAAAGCCAGGGAAUACUAAGCAUGCGACUCGGUAUAGGGGGCGCACCAUACAAACAGUAUUAUGCGGAGUUUCAUUUUAAUAACAAAUACGGAAUGUUUCGGGAUAUGGCCAAGAUACAGUGCUUAUAUGGCGCGGUUGCUCAGGGUCAGCAUUAAGGUCAUGGUGACAUAACUAAAAAUAAGAGUACUAUGGAACGAUAUACCGUAAUGAGGGUCAAGUUUGGUAAUGAUAAAGUUAGCAAAUAACAAGGGGCAACGUUAUUGUAUGACAAUGUUACUAAAUGAACAAUACUACUGACGGGAGUAUUAACAAGGGGUGUGGUUACUAACUAACAAUAAUAAUAAAGGAUUCGGUUACUAAAGCCUCGAGAAGAGCUUGUGUGAGCAAGCUCGAAGAACCUCUAGCUUUGAAUAAGUCGAACGAUCAAUAAAUAACUUGAGUUCAUGUUGAUCCCUUGCCACUGCAACAUUAUGUUUUUUUUUACAUAAAGAAUAAAGGA